ACACAUGGCCGGGGCUUCCUGCUGCCGGGUCUCGUCUUUGGUCAUCUAGGGCUUACUCUCCCGUCUGUCCAGUGCAUAAUCGAGCUUGCGGGCCCCGCGCUCCCAGGCAUGUGGGCCAGCGUCGCGGGGCUGAGAGGCUCCUGCGCGGGGCUGCAGGCUCUGCGGGGCAGCUACAGGGCCGCGCUUCUUCCCAGCAGCUCGCUGGCCCUGCACACCUCGGUCACCUCCUGCGGAAGCAAGAACUUGCUCAAGAAAUUUGCUUCGAAAACCAGAAAGAAGUUUUGGUAUGAAGCUCCAUCCCUGGGGUCUCACUUGACUCACAAGCCAUCCAAGUAUGAGUUCCUCACGAAGAACACGUUAAAGAAGACUAGGAAGGAGGACACUAUACGCCUAAGGGUCCUGAACGGCCUUCUCCACAAGUCAUUGACAGAGCUGCUGUGCACUCCUGAAGUGAGCCAAGAGGUGUAUGACCUGAAUGUCGAGCUCUCCAAGGUCUCUGUGACUCCAGACUUCUCAGCCUGCCGAGUGUACUGGAAGACAGGUGUCUCUGCAGAGCAGAACAGGCACACGGAGGCCGUCCUGCAGAGGAGCGCUACCUACAUGAGGCAUCUUCUGAUAUCUCAGCAAACCCUGAGAAAUGUUCCACCCAUAGUGUUUGUUCAAGACAAGAGAGACAUAGUCCUGGCUGAGGUAGAUCGGUUACUGGCUGUGGCUGACUUUGGACCCCCAGAUGAAAGGGAUGACUUGGAUGGUUUGAGGAGCCCCGAUGCCCAGGCACCACAUGACUCCCCAGAACCAACCACACACCCAAAUCUGUGUGGGAUUGACCACGAGGCACUGAAUAAGCAAAUAAUGGAGUACAAACGCAAGAAGGAGCGAGGGCUCCAGUGUGUGAGCCUGGCGCCACCAUCAGGGCAGGAGCAGGCGCCUGAUCCCGCUCAUUUGCUCCGAAAGAGAAAGAAGGCCCGAUCCCGCCAGCACCAGGAUGCUUCCCCCAGAAGCUUCCUUUUGGGUGAGGAGGAUGAGGAUGAGGACAGCAGCACAGAGUGGGAAUGCCACGCCCAGGAGGCUGAGGACGAGUGGGAAGCAGAGGGUGGAGGUGAGGGCGUCCAGCAGGGGCUCGGUGGCAAAAGAGAGCAGGGGUAAGGGGUGGGGCCUCAGAGCUGCCCGCCCCUGCCAGUGGGUCAGACUGGGGACAGAGCCUUUGAGCAGAGGGGAGAGUUUACUUCCGGGUCAGGAGAUGGAGGCGGAGCUCCUGGUGCAGGCCGUCCUGCUGUUUGUCAGUCAUCUUUCCAGCCGUCGGUACACCCCAUCACCUGUCUGGACUCACUGGUUUUCCUCCAGCGUUCAUGCAUAACUAAAACGGAAUCUCGUCACGGAGUGACUCUCAGUCACUCACAGAGGCUGAGCACAGACCCCAUAGGACUGCAUCUGCAGAUCUCCACAGUGAAGACCCUGGUUCCUGAUGACUUCUCUUCAAAUAAACUAUUUUCUCUUUACUCUUGGA